AUGGCAUGUAUUUGGCAUUAUGUUGGUGAAAUUACAAUGGAAUAAGGUUAAUCAUGGUUGAUAUAAAGAAAUUUACAAAAUAGUGCAAUUUGGGAAAGGUACAAUACAUCUUUUUAUUGGGCCACAAUGACAAUGUCAACUGUAGGAUAUGGAGAUAUUACACCUACAAAUCAAUUUGAAACUUUGGCUGCAAAUUUAAUGAUGAUACUCUCAAGUUGUAUGUUUGGUUAUUCAAUUAGUCAAAUAGGAAUGAUACUUAAAAGUUAAUAUGAAGUUUAAUAAAAAUAUAAGUAUUUAAUCUAUUUUUAUUUAUUAGACGUUCAAUAAUAAUUAUGAAUGCUUUUAUGAAAAAUAGUUAAGUUAAUUUAUAAAUUUAGAGUAGAAUAAGAAAUUAUCUCAAAUAUUAAUGUGAAACUGAAGCUAAUGAAAAUAAAGAUGAUAUUAAUAAAAUUGUUGCAGAUUUACCAAUUGGAUUAAAAUAAGAACUAGUAUAAGAUGUUUAGAUGAACAUUAUGAAAAAGAUAAAAAUAUUAAAUAAUCAAUUCUCUCAAACAACUCUAAAAUAACUUUCUUAAUAUUUAAUAGAAUUUAAAUUUACUCCUGGUGAUGUCAUAUAUCAUAGAAAUGAUUCAAAUGAUUAAAGUCUAUACUAUAUCUAAGAAGGAAUUGUUAAUAUUUAUGAAGAAAAUAGUCAAAAAUUAUUACAAUCUUUAAAAGCUGGAGAGACAUUUGGUGAAUAUUAAUUCUUUACAGGAUUUUAAUCAAAAACUUCAGUUAGAAGUUAAGGAUUUACAAAAAUAUUCAAAUUAAAUCGUUAAUCCAUUAUAUCGUUAUUAAAUUAAAAUUCUAAAGAUUUUUAAAGAUUUCAUCACAUUAAAGACAAUAUUAUAUUUAAUAAGAAUUACUAAAUAGUAUAAAAACAUUGUAAUUUUUGUAAAAUGACUGAUCAUAUUAAUAUUGAUUGUCCACUUUUAUCUUAUAAGCCAGAUAUUUUAUAAAGAAUUAAGAAAGCAGAAUUAAAACCAUCUAUAUAAUAAAGGUUUUUUAUAUAAAGAAACAAUGAGAAAGUGAGAUGUUUAAUGUUACAUUCUGCAAUUAAAGAUACUGUUGAAGAAUAUAAAGCAAAUUUAUCUAGUACUUAAAUUGAUGUUGAUAUGAAAUUAUUUUCUACAUAUGCUACAAAAGAUUUAAGUAGUCAUUGUUAAAAAGAAUCAUUAUUAGAAAAAUAACCAUCUAAGUCUUUUCCAAUACCUCCUUUAAAAAAAAAGAACUCUUUUUUGAUUAGAUAAAGAAAUUAAUCUUAAUAAAAGAAAGUUAGUGUUUUUGUAAAUUUAAAAUCAGUUUUUAGAGAUUCUGAUAGACAAUUAAAAUCGGAAUCUGAAGAUGAUCAACUUAAUAAUACACCAAAAAAUCAAGUUUCAUAAUAAUAUUUAUUUGAUAUAAAUGAUUGUUAAAUGAAUUAAUUUGAUGAUUAAUUUUAAACAACAAAUUUCAAUAUUGAUAGAUUAAUGAAUUAUUUUGGUUAUAUGCCUAUGUCUAAUGUGAUUUAUGCUUUAAGAAAAUAUGAAAAAUUAUUUAAGUAUUCUAAAGUAAAGACAAUUAAUUAUGCAGAAUCAGAAAACAGGAAAUUUAGUAUUCCCUUAUAUUAUAGUAGAAGGGAAUCAAUAAAUGAAUUACUUAAAGAAAAAUAUUGA